AUGUGCUUCGGAAAUGGCAACAAGGAAGACCCAGAGGCGGCGAAGAGUAGGGCGAUCGAGAAACAGCUACGAGAAGACCAGCGGAAGAUGUCGAAGGAGGUGAAGCUACUGUUGUUGGGUGCCGGCGAGUCUGGGAAGUCGACGGUGUUGAAGCAGAUGCGCCUGAUACACACGAAAGGCUUUAACCUGCCGGAGCGGCAACAAUGGAAAGUUACCAUCUUCCAGAAUCUGCUGCAUGCGUUUCAAGUAGUCUUUGGCGCUAUGGAAGAACAGGAGGUAGACUUUGCCGACGAAACGAAUAUUGUGCGUACCAUCGGUCAGGCGCAACACAAUGCGCGGUUCGCCGAGAUCAUUGCAGCCGAUCCGGAAAUUGGCCCGGAGGACGUAAUGCCACUCGAUUGCCUGAACGCAUUUAGGAGCUUAUGGCGGGACGAAGGCGUACAACACGCGAUCAAGAAGGGCAACGAAUACGCAUUGCACGACAACCUGACAUAUUACUUCUCCGACAUUGAUCGCCUGUUCGCGAAGGACUACAUACCCACAGACCAAGAUAUUCUGCGCGCGCGAUUACGGACAACAGGCAUAACCGAAACCAUCUUCGAUACCGGCAACCUCACAUACCGCAUGUUCGAUGUUGGUGGGCAACGGUCCGAGCGUAAGAAGUGGAUACAUGUCUUCGACAACGUACAAGUGGUGCUCUUCCUGGUCGCGAUAAGUGGCUAUGACCAUGUUUUGGUGGAGGACCGAAACGGCAACCAAAUGCACGAAGCACUCAUGCUCUUCGAAAGCAUAGCCAACAGCAAGUACUUUGAAAAGGCCGCCCUCAUCCUCUUCCUCAACAAGAUCGACCUCUUCCGGGAAAAGAUCCAGUCAGGUAUCGCACCCAUACGAGAACAGUUCCCAGACUACACCGGCGGCGACCGCGACGUCGAAGCCGGUCAGGAUUUCUUCGCUCGCAAGUUCCGCAACUUAGUCCGAGAUCCAAGCAAAGAGGCUUACGUCCAUUAUACCAACGCUACCGAUACGAACCUCUUAGACAAGACUAUGAAGAGCGUACAGGACAUGAUCGUGCAGCGGAACCUGCACCAACUGAUGCUGUGA